UCUCAGGCGGUAUUGGCGGUACCUUUCUAGCUUCUGCGCACGUCUCCGGUUUAGCAGCGAGAAUAUCGGCGGUUAGCUGCAGACGCUAGCUGUCAUUCACGGUUUUUUAGCGGCUCGGUGUUGUUUCCCUGCUCGGAGCUUUUCAACCAACCGGUUAGUUUGUUCCCCGGACCGGAGAAACACGGUUCCCACGUUGAUGAAUCAGACUUUCCAGCCCAUGUUGAAAAUGGGAGCCAAGUGAUCAGGGGAGACGAUGGACUUUGAGGACGUAAGCUGGCCGAUCCUGGUGGCGCUGUUCUGCGUCUCGCUCCUGGUUGUGCUCACAUGGCUCCUUCAGUUCUCCCAGGCAUUGCAGAGGUCCAGGAGAGGCGGCAGGGCUGCGCACGGCAGAGAGACGCCGUGGCAGCUGCCCCUGCGCCUCACCCAUCACACGCUGACGGGCGGAGUGUGGGGUUUGCUGCUCAGGUACCGGCUGGGCCGAGGCGACUCUGAGGCCGGAGUAAAGGGCCUCCUGUCCUCACUUUUCACAUUCAGGUCGUUCAGAGAGCACUGGCAGCGAGCGUGGGUGAGAGCACUCAACGAACAAGCGUGCCGGCAAGGGAGCUCAAUUCAAAUCACCUUCGACGAUAGCCUUCAGCUCCCUGUGUCCGCGUCCAUUGAGCAGGUGACCUGCACAGACCAGUCAGCACACAGCAUGGUUCUGCAGUGCAAAUGUUCAGUUGACACGGUAAUGUUCCCUGUGACGGUCACUCAGCAGUCACCGGCAGCUGUCUCCAUGGACACAUACCAGGUUUCCAUGGAGCCCAUGCAGGCCCAGUUGCAGGUCUGCUUGGAGGAGGUGGAGGAAGAAGGUCUCCUGGUGUCCUGGAUGUUUUCCCAGCAGCCCCUACUCUGUUUAACCCUGACGCCAAGACAAAGGGUUCAGAGAGAGGACUCUGAGGCCGAGGUGGACGUGGAUAUGAUCGCAAAGCUGGUGGAGGAUACACUAUACGCCACGCAGCCUGCAAUGAUCCUCAACCUGAGAGCGUGCGUCUCCAGUCCUGCUUUUCCCAGAGAAAAACAAGAAGGGAGCCAAAACUCUCCCAAGCAGAACAAUGCUAUCAAACGCCUUCUGGUACGCCAGCUCAAAGUCUCCAGGAUCAAAAAAGAUUCACAGGAUCAUGUUGGGGAGCUGUGCUGCGUGCUGAGCCUGGACAUGCCACUGCUGGAGAAGAGAACCCGCUUCCUCACACCUUCCUCCAGCCCCAGAGCCAUGCUCGACUGGGGGGAGGACCUUACACUGGAUCUGCAGCCAGAAACCAAAGAACUGAAAGUUAGACUAGUGGAGCGCAAUAGCAAAGGAGAACAAUUCUUGCCAGGCCACGCUUGCUUAUCGCUGGAUAUCCCAAAGAGGAGUCCCAGUGGACAGCAAAAGCUUUCCAUUACGCCAGGUCACAGUCUGACGCCGACAGCUACGGUCAUGUUGGAGCUCACGUACGUGGAGCUGAACGACGUGCGUGGGUGUCAUAACGCCACCCCACUCCGCUCCUCGCUCACACCAUCCAAAAAAGUGGAUGUGGACCGUACGAUCAUGCCUGACGGCACCAUCAUCACUACAGUCACCACCAUCCAGUCACGGCCGAAGCUGGACCGCAAACUAGGAGAUUCUCCCUCCAAGUCUCCAUCUAAGGUGGAGGUUACGGAAAAAAGGCCGACAGUGCUGACGGAGAGCUUCCAGAGCCAAGCCAGCAUCAGCCCCACAGCCAGCCAAAGCCUCAUCUCAAAUGGGCUGGAUCCUAUAGCAGAGACAGCAAUCCGACAGCUGACCGAGUCAGCCAGUAAGACAGUCAAGAAAACGCCCACUAAACGCAGCACCCUCAUCAUCUCUGGAGUGUCAAAGGUUCCGAUUACAGAGGAUGACACUGCACUGUCGGUGGGCUAUGCUGCAGCUAUGGACGCUGCCUUGCAGGGGGAGAAUUCUCCAGCAGGGGCCCCCAACCACCACGGAGCUGCUGCGCACCAGGACGCAGAUGAGACCACACCAUCUGAUGCGUCUGAGCGGCCAUCUGUGGACGACGUGGAGUCAGAGACUGGCUCUACUGGAGCACUCGAGACACGCAGCCUCAAAGAUCAUAAAGUGGGCUUCCUCCGGAGUGGCACGAAGCUCUUGUUCCGCAGGAGACACAGGCAGAAGAACUCGAGCUUCAGCCACUCCCACGAAGACGUCACCAACCUGGGCAACGACCCGUCCUCAGCUUCCUGCUCCUCCAUUGGUCGCAAGAAAUCCGGAAGCUUCUCCCGUCGCCUCAUCAAACGCUUCUCCUUCCGCUCAUCCAAAAGCAAGGGCAAAAACAGUUCUACAAAUGGAGGAGCCAGCACACUCGACAACUGAAUCACGAACAGAGGAAGGGGAAAGACAUGGUGCGGGCGCCAGUCAAAAGACAUCUGAAAGAGUUGUGUAAACUAAAAUAAGUCUGUGAUUUGUCGUGCUUGUUUUUCAAAGCUGUUUGUGAGACUGUUGUUGUGGGGGGGCUGAAUUUUGACCCUUCGUGUCCAGUGUACUUGACCAACGCGAACGAUGAUAUAGAUGGCUCAGGCUGAAAUCUCAGAUGUGGGGAAAACCGAGGGUUUGUGAACUUCUGAAAGACUUCUGAUUGUUUAAAAUAUUUAUUUAAUAAAAUACUUCAAAUGGCUGCUUUUCUGGAUGAGAAGGAAGAACAAGAGAGUGAGAUGCUGUUUCAUAUGUUCAGCACAAGGGGGCGAUGUGAACAACCCUCAUCAAAGCCUCCCACUUUGUUGCUGUAUUUAUUAUUUUUAAAUUAUUAUUUAUUUUAAUUUCCAUCGGCUGCACUUUGGGACUUAGAUUGUUUACAGCGCCGGUGAGCGUUUCGUCAUGUUUUAUCACUUUGUGUUUUGUAAGGUCAUGACGCUAAAUUAUUACUCCUUACCAAACUGAGAGUUUCUCAUAUAUGACAUAUGGUGCAGCUUGUACUGUGUGCGUAGUUGUUUUGCUGUAGUUAAUGGCAAUUUAGAUCAAAUAUUAAGCUGUUUUUCAAAUAGUGAUACUUAUUUGCCUUUCAUUGUGGCACAGUCUAAUUUUAUAAUAUUUAUUUGUGGAAAACAAAAUCUCACGGUUAUGUUUGAGGGGAAUUUUGCUAGGAAGUUAGAACACUGGUGUUGGAGAUAAACUAAGUAAAGUGAUCUAUGUUUAUUAAGUUUUAUUUACUUAAAUUUACAUUAGGUUGUAAAAAUAUUUCAGGGUUCAUGCAUAUGGAAAAAAAAAAAAAACUCAGGGGACAUUAAUGGUUUGCAGCAAAUAAUUUUCCAUCUUUUCAAUACCACUUCCAGCCCAGAAACAUAAAAUUUACAUCUUUUUUUCCUCUAACCUGCAAUAACUCCCUCCCCAGCAUGGCUAGCUUGGAGACCCUUGUCUAUAUGUGUAAAUAGCACUGUUUCAGUGAGAAUGCUUUAAUGUGUAAAUAGUGUUUGAGUUGUGGAGGAGAAGGCCAUUUCACAACCGUUAUUAAAUUAGCUUUGCACCUCAGUUGGCAGGCUUUACAGGGGUAGUUUAGUUUCUUAGUAGAGUGCAGUAGAUCUUUGACUUCAGAUCCACACGUUCGGAAGCUUUCUCACAGGAUUAACACUCGGAUAUAAGUCAGUAAUGUUUUAAAUGAAUUCUACAAUUCCAGAAUGUGGUUUAUUUUGCAGUCUCUUCUCUGCUAAAACUGUGAAUAGAAACCCAACACUAACGACAUCAGAGACUGCAAAAGUUUUUCUUUCACAACACUGAAGAGACAAAAGUCCCCUCAGCUUAUAAAGUUGGAGUUUUAUUUCCCAUGUGGCAAGUUUAAUGUUUAAUUUAUUCUGAAUAAAUUAUUUUUUGAAAAUGGAAUCUUUUUGGGUUCUUUUUUUUCCACCCUGUGCUUAUUUUCACAUGCAACAAUGCAUUUUACUUCUAGGAAAGUAAUGGAACUGAAGAGCAGGGCCAGUAAAUGCAAAAAUGUGAUGCAAUAGUUGGGGGAAAAAAAGUGUUUUUUAACUCGGACAAUAAUUUUGCAAUAUGACAAUAUGAGCAGUAUCGGAGGAUACUGUGUGUGAUGGGUUUUAAGGUUAGAUUAGGACGCUUGAUUGACAAGAUUGUGAAGAUUUUUUUUUUUUGCAAGAAAUUAAUAAAGAGAGAUUUGUUUGCUUC